AGAGUCACAGUAGCUUCUUGGGAAGCUACUCUCCUGAUAGUGAUGAGUUGUUCAAUGCCCAUGCUUCAUGAUGAACCCUCCCUGGGGGUAAUAAAUAGUGACUGAGAGAUAGGGAAUAUUGCUGCUGUGCUGAAUUGGAUGGACUUAUCUCUGAGAAACAUCCAUCUGACUUCCUGUUUUGCUGGAGUGGGGUUUCUAGGUUGAGAUGUGAUUCUAGUAAUGGUAGGUUAUGUUGUUUGGAGCGGUAUUCAAGUUACUCCUGUCUUGUUUGAUUUUUUUCUUGGUGUUAAAAAAUCAGGACACUCCUGAAGUUCACUCUUCAGCCAAAGAUUACACAGGCCCAUAAAACAAAGUGAGUCUAAAUGGGCACACCAGUCCAGGGGCAAGGACAAGAAGGCAGGAGGGGACAGGAAAGUUGGUAAUGAGGAACCCGAGGUCAAGAAGGGGAGUGUUGACAUGUUGUGGGGUUGGCAACCAGUGUCACAAAACAGUGUGUUUUAAUUGUCUAAAGAGAAACUAAUUUGCUCUGUAAGCCUUCAUCUAAAGUACAAUUAAAAAAAAAAAAUCCAAAAAGUAAAUGCCUGCUGAGUGGUUGGGGAAGCUGGGCAUCUUGUGCUCUCAAUCCCAGUUCAGACUCCCUCAGGGAACAGUCUGUGCUCAGAAAGUGUGGCAAUGUCCAUGUUUUAUGUAUUCCUGUUCCAUAUUGUCCUAGUGUGCUCUUUUUGUUGGCUGUGUAAAUCGUCUCAGAGGAAGGGUCAUUGUUAAUUCUGUUGGUUAGAAUUGGAGAGGGAGUAUCAUGCUGCUGUUGAACCCAAAUAACCACAGGAGCCAGUGGUCUUUGAGGUUAGUUGGCUCUGGGAUGUGACUUGAGAGAGCUGGUAGUAGAAAUGAGAAGUAUCUUGUGUUUCCCAUGUCUCUCUAGUCUGACUUCGAUGUGAUGUAAUCUGUCUGAGGUUUUUUCUAUCUUUGAUCCUAUGUGUGUGCGUGUAGUAGGUGUUGCCCAAUAGAGUUGCAUCUUUAGAGAGCUCUGUGUGGGAACCAAGAACAGUGCUCAUGCUCCAAUAGUCCUUUUCAUUGAUUGCUUAAUUAUUUGUAUUUCAAGACAGAAGAGAAGGUCCCUCAUACUGAGGAACCUUGUAAUUAACGGCCGGUUUGUGGGCGAUGCUGACCUUGAGAGACAGAAAUUUUCAGAUCUGAAGCUCAACGGACCCCAGGAUCAUAGUCACCUUCUGUAUAGUACCAUCCCCAGAAUGCAGGAGCCUGGGCAGAUUGUGGAGACCUACACAGAGGAGGACCCUGAGGGAGCCAUGUCUGUUGUCUCUGUGGAGACUUCUGAUGAUGGGACCACUCGGCGCACAGAGACCACAGUCAAGAAGGUAGUGAAGACCGUGACAACACGGACAGUACAGCCAGUCCCUAUGGGACCAGAUGGGCUGCCUGUGGAUGCCUCCUCAGUUUCAAACAACUAUAUCCAGACUCUGGGUCGUGACUUCCGCAAGAAUGGCAAUGGGGGGCCUGGUCCCUAUGUGGGGCAGGCAGGCACUGCUACCCUUCCCAGGAACUUCCACUACCCUCCUGAUGGAUAUAGCCGCCACUACGAGGAUGGUUAUCCAAGUGGCAGUGACAACUAUGGCAGUCUGUCUCGAGUGACCCGCAUUGAUGAGCGGUACAGGCCCAGCAUGGAGGGCUACCGGGCACCUAGUAGGCAGGAUGUCUAUGGGCCCCAGCCCCAGGUUCGGGUGGGUGGGAGCAGUGUGGAUCUGCACCGUUUUCAUCCAGAGCCUUAUGGGCUAGAGGAUGACCAACGUAGCAUGGGCUAUGAUGACCUGGAUUAUGGCAUGAUGUCUGAUUAUGGCACUGCCCGUCGGACUGGGACACCCUCUGACCCUCGCCGACGCCUCAGGAGUUAUGAAGACAUGAUUGGUGAGGAGGUACCAUCGGACCAGUACUAUUGGGCUCCUCUGGCCCAGCACGAACGGGGAAGCUUAGCAAGCUUGGAUAGCCUGCGCAAGGGAGGGCCCCCACCUUCCAGCUGGAGACAGCCAGAGCUGCCGGAGGUGAUCGCCAUGUUGGGUUUCCGCUUGGAUGCCGUCAAGUCCAAUGCAGCUGCGUACCUGCAGCACUUGUGCUACCGUAAUGAUAAGGUGAAGACUGAUGUGCGGAAGCUCAAGGGCAUCCCAGUGCUGGUGGGAUUGUUAGACCACCCCAAAAAGGAAGUGCAUCUUGGAGCCUGUGGAGCACUGAAGAAUAUCUCCUUUGGGCGUGACCAGGAUAACAAGAUCGCCAUAAAAAACUGUGAUGGUGUUCCUGCACUUGUGCGUUUGCUCCGAAAGGCUCGUGAUAUGGACCUUACUGAAGUUAUUACUGGAACCCUGUGGAAUCUCUCAUCCCAUGACUCAAUCAAAAUGGAGAUUGUGGACCAUGCAUUGCAUGCCUUGACAGAUGAAGUGAUUAUUCCGCAUUCUGGCUGGGAGCGGGAACCUAAUGAAGAUUGUAAGCCUCGCCACAUUGAGUGGGAGUCGGUGCUCACCAACACAGCUGGCUGCCUUAGGAAUGUCAGCUCAGAGAGGAGUGAAGCUCGCAGGAAACUUCGGGAAUGUGAUGGUUUAGUUGAUGCCCUCAUUUUCAUUGUUCAGGCUGAGAUUGGGCAGAAGGAUUCAGACAGCAAGCUUGUGGAGAACUGUGUUUGUCUCCUUCGGAACUUAUCAUAUCAAGUUCACCGGGAGAUCCCACAAGCAGAGCGUUACCAGGAGGCACCUCCCACUGUUGCCAACAAUACUGGGCCACAUGCCGCUAGUUGCUUUGGGGCCAAGAAGGGCAAAGGGAAAAAACCCACAGAGGAUCCAGCCAACGAUACUGUGGACUUCCCUAAAAGGACCAGUCCUGCUCGAGGCUAUGAGCUCUUAUUUCAACCAGAGGUAGUUCGGAUAUACAUCUCACUCCUCAAGGAGAGCAAGACUCCUGCCAUCCUAGAAGCCUCUGCUGGAGCUAUCCAGAACUUGUGUGCAGGGCGCUGGACAUAUGGUAGAUACAUCCGCUCUGCUCUUCGUCAGGAGAAGGCUCUUUCUGCCAUAGCUGAUCUCCUGACCAGUGAACACGAGCGAGUAGUGAAAGCUGCAUCUGGAGCACUGAGAAAUCUGGCUGUGGAUCCUCGCAACAAGGAGUUAAUUGGUAAACAUGCUAUUCCUAACUUGGUAAAGAAUCUGCCAGGAGGGCAACAGAGCUCAUCCUGGAAUGUCUCUGAGGAUACCGUGGUCUCUAUUUUGAACACCAUCAAUGAGGUUAUUGCUGAGAACUUGGAGGCUGCCAAGAAGCUUCGGGAGACGCAGGGUAUUGAGAAGCUGGUGUUGAUCAACAAAUCAGGGAAUCGCUCAGAAAAAGAGGUUAGAGCAGCAGCACUCGUAUUACAGACAAUCUGGGGAUAUAAAGAACUGCGGAAGCCACUGGAAAAAGAAGGAUGGAAGAAAACUGACUUUCAGGUGAAUUUAAACAAUGCUUCUCGAAGCCAGAGCAGUCAUUCAUAUGAUGAUACCACUCUCCCACUCAUUGACCGGAACCAAAAAUCAGAUAAGAAACCUGAUCGGGAAGAAAUUCAGAUGAGCAGUAUGGGAUCAAACACAAAAUUAUUGGAUAACAACUAUUCCACACUGAAUGAGAGAGGGGACCACAAUAGAACACUGGAUCGAUCCGGGGACCUAGGGGAUAUGGAGCCAUUAAAGGGAACACCCCUGAUGCAGGAGGAGGGGCAGGAAUCUCUGGAGGAAGAGUUGGAUGUGUUGGUUUUGGAUGAUGAGGGGGACCAAAUGUCUUACCCCACCAUGCAGAAGAUUUAGCACCACUAUCUCCGUUCCAUCUGAGCUUAUAAUAUAUGUACUUUUAUUUUUUGUUGGUGAAAUGGACUGAUGAUUUUUUCCUUUCUUUGCUGGACUAUUGUGCCAACUGCCAGGCUGCCUCCUGUCCUUAUAGCCCUAAGUGGCUGUCGCCUUUUCAACUCCCAACUUCUUCCAGUGAAGUUUAAUUGACCCCUCACUCCAAAUCCCCUCCAGUUUCUCCCAAAGAGCCUGACCCAGUUAUUUGCAUAGGAUGCCUCAGUCUCUCCUAUCUUAAGAAACUGCUGCAGUUAGCUCUUUUUGCUGGCUCUUCUUGGAACUCUUGGCCUUGUGUGGAGAGAGGGGAACAGUAGAAAUCUUCACUGGAAGUCAUGAGAAGAAUUGGAAGUUACAUGCUCUAUAUGUGGUGUCUAGCAAUCUGAUAAACUGGUGGUUCUUAAUUUUUUUUUUCCUCUGGUGGGGAAGGGACUUUUUAUUUUUUUUGGAGAAGGGGAGUGUGAGCACUUCCUUAUUCCUAAUCGCUACUUUUGAAGCAAAGAAGGUUGGCAGCAUUGGCACAUUCCACCUGGAAAUGGCCCUUGAGUAAGUGAGGGUCCUAGAACUGGGAUUAAGAAACCUUGCUCUCCUCUUCUUCGAGACAGGCACCGUAAAGGACCUACAGACUCCAUCUCUUCUUCGAGCCUCAUGCCAACCCUGGGCUGCUGCCGCUGCCCCUUACUGAGGCUGUUAGUAUCCCUCCUCUCCCAUCCUGUGAUAUAUCUGCUGACCUGGCCUGGCCAUUUGCAAGAGGCUGUUGAAAAAGGAGAAUGUGUCAAGGAAGAAUUUUUGGGUGAGAAGGAGCAGAAAGAUGUCUUUUGGGGAGAAGAGGAGCCUCUAGGAGGAGGUAGUUGGAAUGUACAUGAAGCAGUUAGUCUGAAACUGGCAGGAAGCUUCAAAGCUGGCUUCCCCCCCGCCCUAUUUCUCUUGUUCCUACCCUUAUAAUCCUGUUCCCUCCCCUGCCUGCUCCCUGGGGUUGGUUGGCCAACUAAAGGACUUGAUGUACAUAACUCCUGUCCCCUUUACCCUGAUAAGGCGGGGAUUGCCCCCGGCUUUGCCUCUUCUUUGUGCCUUUGGCCUGGGGUGCAUCUCCUCUCUCCCUUCCAUGUGCCUUUCUUUGCCUCUGCAGUCUCAUUUCUCAUGAUUUUACAAAUUAUAUUUUGUUGGCUCUCCUACCCAUUAUUGACCCUAAAUAGCAGAAAGAAGAAAGGUGACCUAGAGAACCUCAGAUUCUCUAUUGGGGAUUGGUAUAGCCUCUAAUUUCAGCCGUAGCACGCUUUCGCUCAACAGCGUGGGAUUUUAAAAUAAUAAUCCCAUUCUGAUGAAUCUUAAAAUGAGAUUGGUGGGAGGAGUGAGUGGUGGGACUCCUACUCCUCAGUUGCCCAGAAUUUACAGUCAUUUCUGAAAGAGUUAUAGGCAAGUUGACUUCCCUCCACUAUACCACCCCAACACUUUCCUCCCCCAGUUCAGUGGGUAUUAACAGGUUGGGCUAGAGGAAUCAGCUGCUAUGCGGGGUUUUUUUUUUUUUUUAAUUUUAACAUUUUUCCUUAUUUGCCUUCUCCUCCUCCCCCUUAAUCUCAAAGUUCAGUGCAACUGGAAAUCUUCAUCCUUCUCCUCACCCCCCUUUCCCUUACAUAUUGAGGCUAUGGGGUAGGAGAAACGUGCACACCCCCUUCCCUUCCCCGUGCAUUGAAAUUCCUUAUUUGCCCUUUUUUCCCUCCCAUGUCUUCCCACUCUUAUCCAUCUUUUCUGGCAAAAAGGAGCCUUUUGCUCUCUGUGACCCUAAGAGCACACUGCACAGAGGCACUCACCCCAUCCAGAUCUGGCUCCACUCUUGUUUUCUCUUGUCCUCCUCUGCUCUUUUCCUUGGUGCUCUUUUUCUCGGUGGGGUGUGGGUAAUAGAACAGCCAUGGACCUUUGGGGACCUUUAAUUUUUUUUUUUUUCUUUUUAUAAAAACACUAAACAUUCAGUACCAGAGAACCAAAAAUCCCACCUCUUCACUGAACACUACUAAGGAGCAUGUCCUCUGCUCCGUACCUUUUCUUUUUCUUUCUUUCUUGUUAAUGCUUUUAAAAACAAAUGAAUUUUUUAUAUAAAUAAAGUUUUGAAAGUGUGUA